CUGAUCCCUAGAACCUCUGUGCUCUGGAAUCGACGUUGAACGAUCCCCUUCCUCCUCUAAAAGCCACCGUUGGUCCGGACUAGCCCAGCUAUUUCAUAGCGGCCAUCCGCUGGUUUGACAGAGCAUGGCGCUUGUUUGACAGUACACAGAUCUCCCAGUCACAUGUCGAGAUGAGCUUGAAAUGACAGGACCCGAGAGACUCGGUGACCAUGUCGAAUGACUUUGUGGUGGUGCAAAUAUUGCUUCACAGCCGUCAUUGCGGUACUUGCCGGCUUCCUCGAACUUGUCCAGCACAACACCAUGCAAGUAUCAAUCGUCCUUGUCACCAUCGUCGCCGCCGUUUCGACGCCAGUCGUGGUGGCUGUGGGCUGUACGCAAGGCCAAAAGGUUCAAAUGCUGGAUGCAAUCACGAAGCACCCGAGUUGGCCGGCGUGCCAACAGGCAACAUUGCCGUUUGACUUCUACCUGGCGCUGACACAGGAAGGACCGAGUCCAACCACGAACGACCUGACGAAAUUCAAAGCCAACACUGCGUGCAACGCUGUAUAUGCGUCGUUUCAAGAUUCUAUGAAGCAAGCGAAUUGCGACGAAGUCGCCGAUUUGGUCGGUAUCCCCGUCGAUCAGCUCGUACCUCCGACGGCAGCCACCACAUCCGCUGCAGCCCCACUGACGACGCAAGCGAACUCGUUGGUACCGCCUGCGGGAGCUGCAACUGUAAAACCCACACUUCCUGCGAGUCCAACGACUACAGGCAAAUCUGCGGAAGCCAUGGCUGGAAGAGUGCAGCCGUCAUUGGCCGCGGCAUCGGCGACGAUGGCCAUUUCAGCAAUGACACUAGCGGUCGUGGCCCUGCUCUAAACCGUGCCUCCAGCUCGCAAAGGGCAUUCCGCCUAUGUGGGGCGGCCUUCAUAUACCUGAAUAUUCUCUGCCUACAAGACAUUGACAUCG